CAACGUGUGAAGAAGUGUCAACUGUCAACAUGAACAAAAUAAAGGACGGAUGGUUUGGUGAAUCAAAUCAAUUAUGGCCUGGUCAGGCCAUGUCAUUGCAAGUGGAAAAUGUACUUUUUCACGAAAAGUCGAAAUAUCAAGACGUUCUAGUUUUCAAAAGUAAGACCUAUGGCAACGUGUUGGUACUUGAUGGUGUUAUACAGUGUACAGAGCGGGAUGAGUUUUCAUACCAAGAGAUGCUGGCACAUAUACCUCUCAACUCACAUCCUAGACCUAGGAAGGUGCUUAUCAUUGGUGGUGGUGACGGAGGUAUUCUAAGGGAGGUAAUCAAGCACCCUGAUGUGGAACGGGUCGACCAGUGUGAGAUUGACGAUAAAGUGAUAGAAGUGUCCAAACAGUACCUGCCCAAGAUGGCGGAGAGUUUUUCCAGCCCCAAGCUGCACCUACAUGUUGGGGACGGGUUUGAGUACAUGAAGGCUCACCAGGGGCAGUACGAUGUCAUCAUCACUGACUCCUCCGACCCUGUGGGGCCUGCAUCCUCCCUGUUCCAGAAGUCGUACUACGAGCUCAUGAAAUCAGCCUUGAAACCGGAUGGAAUACUCGCCUGUCAAGGUGAGUGUUUAUGGCUGCACCUGGAGCUGAUCAAGGGGAUGCUGGAGUUCUGCAGGUCUCUGUUCCCGGUGUCAGACUAUGCGUACACCACCAUACCCACCUACCCCAGCGGACAGAUUGGCUUCAUUCUCUGCAGCAAAAAUCCGGACACAGUCUUCCAAGAACCAGUCCGUAAACUGAGCCACAAAGAAAUCUCAAAGAUGAACCUUAAAUAUUACAACACAGGCAUUCACUGUGCUGCAUUUGUUUUACCGGAAUUUGCCAGGAAGGUUCUUCAGAGUGACCCAGUUCUGAAUGGGGACUCCUAUUGCACAGAGACUAUAGUGAACGGGAAAGAUUAGCGCCAUUCCAUGGAUUGGUUAACUCUUUCAGUGCUGGAACCGAAUUUUGAAGGCCUUUGCAAACAGUUUGGAUCCAGAUGAGACGCCACAGAACGUGGCGUCUCAUCAGGAUCCAAACUGUUUGCUAUUCUGAUAGUAGUCUUUGAAAAAAAUCGAAGAAAAUGCUAAUUUAAGAAAUUCAGCAGAAGACAUUUUAGCAGAUGACAAAUUUCCCAGCAUGCAAAGGGUUAACUCGCCAGCUCAGAAGCAAAGUGGCUACACACAACCAGCACAAAACCAGAAUAGCUGGCAAGUGACUCACAGUCUGUUCAGGUUUUGUGCUGGGUUGCUGCACAUCAGUAUCUUAGCGAAGGAAAUGAAGGCUUUAAAACUUGAAACUUUUAUUUUGUUUUCUAAAUGACUACAAAUGAUUAUGUAAAGUUUGAAUCUGAGUUGAAAAGGGUUAAGAAAAUGUGAGGUGUGCCAGGAAGGGGGUUGGGGUAGGGGAUAUCAUUUGUGGGGGAGGCGCCUCAGUUGGAGAAUCCUUAAGAUUAACUCCUUCUUGCCAUUGUAUAAAUAUGGAUAACUUUUGCCAAUCCAAGAGAUAACCUUAUUCUGAUAACUGAAGUCAAAUACUUUGGCUAAAUCUUAUCAAAAACUAAACCAAAAAAUGCACCUGUUCGGAUAUCUCUGUUUUUAUAUACAAUUGCUUACCAAAAAAAAUCAUAAAAUUGAAGAUGACCAAAAGUUAUCCGCUAGAUAAGAGUUAUCCAGAUUUUACCAGGUACAUGUAUCAUCACAAACAUGCAAACCUAACAAAGUAUUUACCCAUACAUUUUGUGCUCAAAGUUUGGAGCUAUUGCUCAAAGGUGAGACUAAUUGUGUUGAGUUUUUUUUAUCGUGUUUUACUUUGAGCUUUCAAAUGUUCAGGUAAAUUAUUCAUUCCUUACGACUGCUACUUUCAUUUAUCAUACCGCUGCAUUGAUAUCUGCCUGAUAUAACGUUGCAUGAUAUAUUCAAGUUCAACUUAUAUCAGUCGAUGAUAGGAGGUAGGUCAUUUUACUCGGAAUUAACCAUUAAGUAAUCAUUUUUAGAAAAAAUCGAAUCAGAUGCAACAAAACAAACAAUUGAAUACCAAAAUGUAAUAUAUUUGAAAAACAAAAUUACACACAAACAGCAAAAAACAUGUUUACAAAUAUUAAGCGCAAGUGGUCAUGACCUCAUUAUUAACAGGUCAAACAACAAAAAUCAUAUUCUUUCCCGCUAAAAAUGCUUCUUUUCAGUGAUUUUUUCAUUAUUUUUUUUAUAAAUCGGGGACGUAGAGGUAUGAUAAACAGAAAAACAGGUUAUAUAUCAGGCUCAGCACGAAUAAAAUAACGGCAAGGUUUGCCUGAUAUGUUACAAAAAGAUCAGGCAGUAACCUGUUAUUCUCUAUAUGUCUGCUGUGAGUGGGCCGGAAAAUAUAGACUAUAAUAAAAUCACUAAUUGUAUGCACCUUUUGAAUAUUGUUGUUGUCAAUUUUAUUAAGAUUUAUUAUAUCACUAAUUGUGUACACUUUAAAAUAAAUAGUUGUCUCUUUCACCUAACCUAGUCUAAUAGGUGUAUUGUAUUUAUGUGCAAUGAAUUUAAUUUAACUUGUGAAUUAUAUAUGUAUGUGUAUGUUUUAUUACUAUUAUUAUUAUGCCCCCCUUCGAAGAAGAGGGGGUAUAUUGUUUUGCACAUGUCGGCCGGUCGGUCCGUUGGUCGGUCGGUCGGUCCGUCCACCAGAUGGUUUCCAGAUGAUAACUCAAGAACGCUUAGGCCUAGGAUCAUGAAACUUCAUAGGUACAUUGAUCAUGACUGGCAGAUGACCCCUAUUGAUUUUCAGGUCACUAGGUCAAAGGUUAAGGUCACAGUGACUCGAAAUAGUAAAAUGGUUUCUAGAUGAUAACUCAAGAAUGCUUAGGCCUAGGAUCAUGAAACUUCAUAGGUACAUUGAUCAUGGCUGGCAGAUGACCCCUAUUGAUUUUCAGGUCAAAGGUCAAGGUCACAGUGACUCGAAAUAGUAAAAUGGUUUCCGGAUGAUAACUCAAGAAUGCUUAGGCCUAGGAUCAUGAAACUUCAUAGGUACAUUGAUCAUGACUGGCAGAUGACCCCUAUUGAUUUUCAGGUCACUAGGUCAAAGGUGAAAGUCACAGUGACUCGAAACAGUAAAAUGGUUUCCGGAUGUUAACUCAAGAAUGCUUACGCUUAGGAUGAUGAAACUUCAUAGGAAUAUUGAUCAUGACUGGCAGAUGACCCCUAUUGAUUUUCAGGUCACUAGGUCAAAGGUCAAGGUCACAGUGACUCAAAAUAGUAAAAUGGUUUCCAGAUGAUAACUCAAGAAUGCUUACACCAAGGAUCAUGAAACUUCAUAUGUACAUUGAUCAUGACUGGCAGAUGACCCCUAUUAAUUUUCAGGUCUCUAGGUCAAAGGUCAAGGUCACAGUGACUGGAAACAGUAAAAUGGUUUCCUGAUGAUAACUCAAGAAUAAUUAGGCCUAGGAUCAUGAAACUGCAUAGGUACAUUGAUCAUUACUGGCAGAUGACCCCUAUUGAUUUUCAGGUCACUAGGUCAAAGGUCAAGGUCACAGUGACAAAAAACAUAUUUACACAAUGGCUGCCACUACAACUGACAGCCCAUAUGGGGGGCAUGCAUGUUUUACAAACAGCCCUUGUUGUAUGAAUAAUGCAUUAACCAGGAAAUAGAAAUUGUGUUGAUGUGCGGUUCAGACAUCUUGAAAUAAGUAGAUGGUGAAUUAUAAUAUAAAUAAAUGCCUUUGGUGCAAACUCGGUGCAAUUAAAAAUAAUCAAAAAUAGUUUAACAGCUUGUAUAGAUUUUAUACAAUUUUUGUGGUAAUUAAAAUGAUGAUAUACUGUCAGUUACCAAUAGAUUUCUUUCAGGCAAAACUGUCAAAAGAAAUCUUUCAAAAAAGAUCCCUUUUGAUGCUUCACAUUACAUAAUAUUCAAAAUGUUAUCCUGUUAAAUCAUUUAUAUUUGUCAGCAUGAAAUUGCGUUGUGUUUGUCGAGAAAAUACUUCUUCAUGACCAUGUAAAUUUGACUAUUUCUGAUUUCGGGAAAAAAUGAAAGAUUUGCAUCGGUCAUUUUCCGAUGUGUUUGUUUCAUAUUUGUCAACCUACAAAAUCAACACAAAAUAAUGCCCCACACAUAAUAAUGAUCUGACAGUAACUGACAAGACCUUAACCCAUUUAUGCCUAGCGUUUAGAAAAAAGGCCUUGGCAAACAGCGUAGACCCAGAUGAGACGCUGCAUGAUGCGGCGUCUCAUCAGGGUCUGCGCUGUUUGCUUAAAGGUAUUUCUGUAAGAAAUAUUCUAAAUAUAGAAAUGAAUAUACUAGACAUCCCUAAUUUUGGAAAUAAAUCGAUCCAAUUUAGAAGGAUAGGAGAGUCCACUAGGCAUAAAUGGGUUAACUCUUUCAGUGCUGGAACCGAAUUUUGAAGACCUUUGCAAACAGUUUGGACAAUCAGGAUCCAAACUGUUUGCUAUUCUUAUAGUAUUCUUUGAAAAAAAUCGAAGAAAAUGCUAAUUUUAGAAAUUCAGCAGACAACAUUUUAGCAGACGACAAAUUUCCCAGCAUGCAAAGGGUUAAUUGGACACACCAGAUAUCAAUCUGGACAGUUGAGAUGUGUGGGAAUCAGACCAUUAUGCUAAUAUUAGGAUGAAUGCAUUUAUGGAGUAGAACUUCUGUUCAUUAACUCAAUUUGUUGAGUAUAUUCUCUUUUUUCGCAAAUUAAAAUGUUUAAAUUAAUACUGAGUUCAAUUGUCUAGAUGUAUGACAAUUUUAAUUGAGACUUUAAGUGUUCGCCAUAACUAUUUUGUGCAAUUUUGCGUUCAGCUAUGUUAUUUACAUUGUUUUUUUUGUAUGUAUAGUAUGAUGUUUUUCCAGUCUGUUUAUGGACUUGAAUCGACUCCAGAUAAUAUGGGUAAUGAAAUAUUUUGUUCAAUUUUUAUUGUAUAAGUUGUUUUAUUUACGUUACAAUAUUUACUAGUGAGCUUUUUAGGGCUAUUUGCGUAAAACAUGUGAGGGGAGGGGGAAGCAACGUCCAAAUAUGAGAUGGGAGGGUAGAAAAGUAAAAAAAUGUGAGGAGAGGGGGAGCAAAGUUCAAAUAUUUUAUGGGAGGGGUAAACAAUGUCUAAAAAUGUUAUGGAAGGGGGAACCAAAGUCCAAAAAUGUGAGAGGAGGAGGAGGCAAAGUCCAAAAAUGUGAGGGGAGGGGGAAGCAAUGUCUUAAAAUGUAAUGGGAGGGAGAAGAGCGAAUGCAAAAAAUGUGAGGGGAGGGGGGGAAGCAAAGUCCAAAAAUGUGAGGUAGGGAAAAGAAUAGUCCAAAAAUGUGAGGGGAAGGGGAAUCAGAAGUCCAAAAAUGUGAAAGGAGGGCAAAUGACUAUUCAAAAAUGAGUUACCAGCAAUAAUUUUUUUUUUCAAUACAAUUUAAUUUGAAAGAACACAAUUUCAUCCCCUGUUUGACCCCAACCCACUGAAAUUUAACACAUUGCCUUUUCUCUCCCUAACAUUUUUUUCUUGUAAAGCAUUUAUAUACCACCGGUGGUUUGUUCACUAUUUAUGGUUUUAUUUUGUUUAGUUUUUCAAACAAACAUAUCUCAUAUUAUGUGAUUUUCAUAUUUGUUAGUGGGAUAUACUAGAUGGGCCAGUUUGCUCUCUGAACAAAUACUGAAUUACAAAAUAUUGUAGUAUUGUUAUUUCAUUUAUAAAAGCUAGUAGAUGCUACAGGUUCUAUUAUUUUAAUGUUGGUUGCAGUAUGAAUUUUGGUGGAAGAAAAACAAUAAGCAUUUAACAUAUAUUUUUACACGAAAAAUUAUGUGAGUUAAUGUGAACUUUGCAUAACUGCUAUAAAAACACACAUUUUUAAAGAUGUUUAUUUCAUUUGCUUUGGCUUUAUACAAGGUAGUUUUUAUGCGUAUGCAUAUCUUUAUUCUUUUACUUUCUAGUUCACCUGAAAAUGAAAUGCUCAAGGUGAGCUAUUGUGAUCACUACAUGUCCAGCAUGGUCAAUUGUGCGGGCGGUAGGCAUCAUCAACUUUCAACUUGUAAGAACUCUAGAGGCAACAUUUGUAUACAAUCUUCAAACAAAUUGAAUGAUUAUAUUGUCAAUAUUUAGGAAGAGUUUGAAUCUGGGUCACAUGCAUCCAAAAACAAGGUCAUGAGGUCAAAGGUAAUGAGAUCAAAUCUUAGAAUCUGGGUCACAUGUAUCCAAACACAAGGUCAUGAGGUCAAAUCUUAGAAAACCUUGUUGCUUAUGCAUCCAAACACAAGGUCAUGAGGUCAAAUCUUAGAAAACCUUGUUGCUUAUGCAUCCAAAAACAAGGUCAUGAGGUCAAAUCUUAGAAAACCUUGUUGCUUAUGCAUCCAAACACAAGGUCAUGAGGUCAAAUCUUAGAAAACCUUGUUGCCACUUUAGAAGAUACAUUGCUGACUCAAUGGCAAUGAAGCAUUGGUCAGAAUGUUAAUCAUGACAAUACAUAGGUCGAGUUGAAAUCUGGGUCAUUUUCAUUAAAAACUUUGGUCAUCAGGCAAAAUAUUUUGUUAACCGUCCAGGAGACCAAUCUAGAAGAAACUAGGUCAGGAAGUUCAUCUUGCGAAUGUCUAGGCAAAGUUGAAAUCUUGGUUACUUAUGUCCAAAAAGUAGGUCAUUGUGCGAAGACUUAUAAAAACAUUGUUACCACUCUCCAUACCAUAUUGUGAUAAUACAUUGUCAGCAUUAUUUUUGAGAAUAUCAAGGUCAUAUUUCAAUCUGGGCCAUAUCUGUUCAAAAUUAUACUGACCAGGUGAGAUCUUAUUAAACCUCUCUAGCAGCUACCUUAACUCUUUCAGUGCUUGAACCGAAUUUUGAACGCCUUUGCAAACAGUUUGGAUCCAGAUGAAACGCCACAGAACGUGGCCUCUCAUCUGUAUCCAAACUGUUUGCCAUUCUGAUAGUGUUCUUUGAAAAAAAUUGAAGAAAAUGCUACUUUUAGAAAUUCAGCAGACGACAUUUUAGCAGACGACAAAUUUCCCAUCAUGCAAAGGGUUAAUAACUCGAUCUUGAUGAGACUUGAUCAGAAUAAUUAUUAUGACAAUUUCAAGGUCAAGUUUGAAUUUGGGUCAAGGAAAGGAAUAAAAUCUGUCGCCAUGCAGGUCAAGUCAAAUAUGUACAUUGAAUUCAGGUGAGCUUCAGUGUUAUCGUGGCCUCAUGGCCUUUUAUUUAUUUUACCUCUUUGGCAUUAUUACAUGCAUUAUGUUCAAUUGGAUCUGUAGUGCUGGUAUAAUUAUAAUUAAAUUAUACAAAGCCUUUAUUUAAUGUGAACUUGUUAUGUAUUGUGAGUUAACUUCCGUUUCUAAUAAAUCAAUAUAUGUG